GUCCUGUAUUUUUAGCCUUAGUUCUAUGGCAGCCGACCGCACAGCAGAUAAACUGCAUAUUGACAGCGUACUUCCGGUAUCUGACGGUCCUAAAGAUGGCGCCGUUGAGACGGUGUGACGUCACCGUGAAACCCAUGAAUACACAAUAUUAGUGCUGCUAUACUCACUCUUCUAAAGACUAAAACACCCGGUUCUAACUGAUCUUGGACCUCAUGGACCGGUUUGGUCCCCACAUCUCCACCAGAACAAGAACGCACAUGUCACAAGAAACACAUCAACAUCUGCCCGUGGGAGUGGGUUUCCUCCUCCAGUGUGAGCUCCACGUGCCCGAGGGCUCGUUGUAGAGACGUGUGCGGCCUUUCACCACCACCACAACCAACACACGCAGUGACACGCGACCCCUGCUCAUACAUACAUACGUCCACUCGCUGGUCUCACUCUGCCUGGGAUGUGGGCCAGCUGCACAUCUGUAAAUCCCACCACUGGCCUGAAUCCUACCGCUCCGCUGCAUGUGUGAGCAUGUGAGCAGCUUCUUACCCCGUCGCCCCUCCCUAUACUACCCCUCCCCACCCCCCCACACACACACACAGAGGGCCAUCUCCUCCGUUUACAACCUCUGGACCAGCAGCUGGAUGCUUUAGUUGAUCUCCAUCCACUGUCGGCGCGUAUUCCUCCGUCCUCCCGCCCCGUCCACACAUCCACACAUCCCCCGGGCGUCAUGCGGGCGCUACUGGACAGCAGCUGGAUGAGGUUCGGGCCGGCCGGCCGAGGGUCGUACGACUGGGUGACGGGAUCCCCCUCGACUCCGGAGCAGCAGGCCUACGACUGGACUGAGCUGGAGCUGGGGGAGGACAAAAGGUCGGAGCUGGCCGUCUACAUCAUCCUCCCCGCGGCCUCCGUCCUCCUGCUGCUCCUCCUCGUCGGCCUGACGUACGCCCGCCGCUCCCGCGGAAAGCUGAGCCUGGCCAACAUCAUCGCCCUGGACCUGCAGGACGCGGAGGGCGGCGCCGAGAUCCUCUCCUCCCUGACCCGCAACGCGGAGCGCCACACCAGCACCAGCUCCGACGGCUCGGACGGCGUCUUCGUCAUGGUCUACCUGCCGCCGCCCUACGAGGAGACGCUCACCAAGAUCACCAGGGCGGCCAGCCUGUCCAGCUCCAGGGACGCAGAGUCCAUGAAGACAGAGGACCUGGAGGCCAAGCUGUGUCCUGAGCUCAAGUCCAGCGGUCGCUACGUGUGACACGGUGUUCAUACUAGAAAAAAAAACAUUACGAUUCAAAUGUUUGGUUUUUUUUAUGACCUCAUGUGUAAAAUACACCCAUUUAACCUCUAAUCAUUCCUGCCUUCCUGCGAAACACACCCCCCCUUCUUUUUAGGACGUACCCAAAGUAAACUCAAUGCUGUGCACGAACAUGUCGGAGCUCAUUCAUGGUCUUUGUCUUGACUCUGAAGUUUGUAUCGCAACUCAAAGUGGUUUUGUUCUUGUGUAAUCAAAGUUGGCACACACUUAAAAAGUAAGAAGAAGUUGUUGGGUCUGUCUGGUUUUUUUUUUGUUUGUUUUUUUUUAGCCUGAACAUGCACUUACUGAGUUUCCCACGUCUUCCUGCUGACGUUUCACAAGAUCUAAUAUAUGAUUUAAUAU